AGUGGACAGUACACGAUCACUGUCAGUCAGUACCACGGUAAAUUAAAAUCACAAAACAAAACAAUCCUGCAAGGUUGAAGUUUUUGGUGGUUAUAAUCAAGUUAUUUACUAGACAAUUCAUAGCUAGCUGCGAGCUUUUAAUAAAUCAUUCGCGAACUCGGACCCGUGUGCUCGUUCAUUAGCCGGUAGCCAAUUGUUGUGAUCAAUUAGUUAACAUUUCAAAGAAAUUUAUGAAGGUUAAGUCCACUUGUUGCUUUGCUAAUGCUAACAUACACUAGUGCUACAAGCUAUCAUGUAACAAUCAAGUAGGGCAAAAACAAUGUAUAAACCACCACAGAAUUCCAACCGAGUUAGAUCCAUGAAAAAGAAAUUUGAAAAUAUUGAAAGUCGAAAGCAGCAAGAUGUUCCAAUAUCUUCAUCAAAACUUAUUCUCAAAAAUUUUGAACAUUUGAAUACAGUGGCAGACUCUACCCCUAUAAAACUUAACUUAAGAAGCUCUCAGUCAACCAAGCAGACAACUCCAUAUGAAUCUCUUACAAGAAAUAGCCAACAACUAUUAUCAAGACAACACUCUGACCCACUUAAACGAAAUAUCAAAAGAACUCCUGCAUUCAGAGUGGACAUGAAUGCAGAGUCAGUGAUUGAACCUGUAGAUAUUCAAAGUGAAAAUCUGAGUCAGAAGACUUUAUUUGAAACCAAAGUACAACAGUUUCACAGUGUCAAAAGUUUUGAAGAUAAUAUUGACAAAAAAAAAAUCAGUGGCAACGGAUGUACUUUGUAUGCUUCAGAAUCUCAGUGCUCUAAUGCAAUAAUUGAAAGGUGUGAUGUUAGUUAUAUUCCAUCAGACUCAUCAGAUGACAAAGCAAAUUGCUCCUUUUCAGACACUCAUGACACUCAUGACACUGAUUCACAUGGUUUGAAAAGCCCUUCACGUCCAAAAGCAGCUCCUCGAGCAGCUCUCAUUAAAACGCCACUUUUAAAUAAAUCUAGAAGUUCUCAUAAUUUUGAAUCGAGUUUUGAAUAUCUAAGAAGUAAAUUCAACCAAGAUCCAAUAUUACUACCAGAUGCUCUUGAAUUGCCCUUGAAAAAUAUUUCUGACAAUAUUUACAAGAGCCUUGACAAAAGCUGUACACCAAAUAAGAACUUGACCACUGAUGAGCAAUGUAAUAUAAUUGAAAGGGAUGCUAAUGAAGAUGUAAUACCAGAAAACAUUGAUUUAUCUUUGAUAUAUACAGAACCAAUCCCUAAAUCUCUGCGGCCUAAAAAAUCAAGUGAAUCUUCCACCAGCAAUGAAUCUCCACAAUUUGAAUCAAAACAUGAAAGCAUUUAUACCACAAGCACUUUACAACUAACCGAUAAAAAAGCAGGACAGAAUCAUGAAGAGGAGUUAGCUGCAGGCUUCACCGACUCUUUGAAAGUGGCAUUGAAGAAGCCAUUACCAACUGGACCACCACCCAAGAAACCUCCAAGAACCUUCCAACAUUUUGUUGAAAAUGUUAUUAAACCCACGUGUCAAAAAAAUAUCUCUUUUCUACAUAGUUUGCCCAAAAAGAGUGAAAAAAAGAAUGAAAAAAAGGGUGAUCCAAAAUAUAUGCUAAAUAAACUUCAAACGGCUCUGAAAAGCAACAAGUUAUUGGCACGCAAACAAAGCAAAGUUGAAGUAUCAACCACUUCUGGUGAAGAUAGUGAUGACAGUGUAUUAUUCCGUAGCAAAUCUUGCCGGAGUCUGCCAAAACCUCCUUCAGAGACUCAAGAUUUUGAUCAAUCUAAAUGUACUGUAAGUUCAAGUGGAAAUAAACUACAAGUCCUAGGUAACAUAGGUUGCUUGUCUCUAUCUGCCAAAGGAAUUCGAAGUGUGCCUAAAUUUCCGUUUUGUGUUCAGAGUGUCCCUGAGCCCAUCUAUGCUGAACCAACACUAAGAACCUCUCAGGGAGCUGCAAAUCGUACUGGAGAGAAUAACUUACAUUAUAUGAGUACCGCCAUAAUUCCAGAAGACACUGAUGCAAAUCCCGUUUUUGUUGGACCCAGACAAACCAGUUCGUAUUUGUCAUCAGAAAGUGCUUCUCUUUCUUCAUUACCAUCAGAUGUAAAAAUUCGUUAUUUAAUCGAACAUUUUGAAGCUAGAAGGCAAAUGUUACCCAAUGCUGAGAGACCAUCUGGAGAUCAUGACAGGUGCGCUGAAUCUGUAGACUGCAACAAGAGGGUAGAGCUGUUGAGGAAUUCGUUAAUAAGAACAAUAGAUCAAAGCUUCAAAAGUGAAGCUGUACCAGUACCAACAACUCCGCGCGACGACUCAGAUUCUGAGAAAAAUGAAGAAGGAAAAGUGGCCAGUAUGGUCGACAGGUUCAACACGUAUCAGAAAACAGCUCACAAAUACCAGCAACCUAAAAUUGAUACCGAAACUUUGUUUUACUGUUGCCUCCUCAUUGAAAAAGUUCAGGAUUGUGCGCAGAUCAAGUUAAAAUUUCCACCGCAUGCUGAUGUUCACCCAGAUAUACAAAAGUUAUGCUUUCCCGAAAGUCCAGACAGUCCUCCUCUAGAAGGCAGUAGCGCAGCUCAAACAUACACCCUGCUCAUAACGAAUCAAACAGGGGAUCGGACUUAUGGAUACUGCAGGAGAGUACUACCAGAGGGUAGUACUCAUUGUUUGCCAUUAACAUAUUGUAUUUUAAGUAAAUAUAGGUCACCCAGGUUUUACAAAAGUAUACUUAUUGAACUUGAGUCCCGACACGGAAUGCAAAAUAAAUGUAGGGAUGAACUUAUAAGCCAGUUCUACUACAAAACGUUUCCGAAACCUGGAGAGAGUAUCAGUAUCAACUUAUCGGCCGUAGAGAAUCAUAGCUACGAAAAUAUUGGUAUGGAAGAAAGUGUGGAUCCGGCAAGAAACAGACAAGGUACAACAACAAAAAAACUGGUUCUGACGUUGCAUCCUGACUCUAGAUAUGAAGACGCGGAUCUGGAAAAGUUGCACAAACUUCCAACUGAUAUUUUAUUGAAGAUAUUUUCAUCUUUACUGCUCGAAAGAAAAGUGAUUCUAAUAAGCUCUGUGAUGAGUGAACUUUCUUCCUGCGUUGAGUCUCUCCAAAGCAUUUUGUAUCCAUUCACAUGGUACCAUACGUUCAUUCCAAUUCUACCACAAUCUUUAUGGGUCAUUGUUGAUUGUCCCACCCCAUUUGUGUGUGGGGUAUUGUCACAAGAUGCUAUUAAAGACAGGCAUAUAGUGAAUGGAAUGGUUGUUAAUUUGGAUACACGAACAGUAUUAGUAGAAGAAGGCGACGAAAUGAAAAUUUUGGGUAGUAGUUUACAUAAGGUUUGGAGGCAGUUUAUCACAUUGGCCAACAUCUCAAAACCUAGACAGUAUGCCUCUUCAGUAUUUCUAGCUGAUGCUUAUUUAAAUGUGCUAAUAUGCUGUUUUAGACGUUACAAGCAAUAUAUUGUUGAUGGAAAAUUUUUGAAAGACAAAUUGAUUAGUGAUGGUGGAACCAGAGGCAGAAGGCGUUUUUUGAAAAUGUUUACUCAAACCUGUAUGUUCCAGGCAUUCAUGGACGCGGCUCUAAAUAAUCCAGAGAGCUUGGCAGCGUUUGAUAAAAAUAUUGAGUUUUAUGGUUCAGAUGAAAGUCGAGUUAUUUUAAAUAAGUUAAUCGACUGGCAUCGAUAAUUUUUGAAGACUGAUUAAGUAUACAGGGUUUGUGUGUAAGAAGUCUGGAAAAGUCUAAUAAUUUUCGACAAGGGGUUAUCCAGCAAGCUGCAUUCGAAAGAUGUGUCAGAGGUAAUGGCAGUUUUUGUCACAUUGCUCAGCGCAACAUAUUGGGUCUUCAAAAAAACCCAAUCAAAGAUUGCUUUGAUUACGAAAACGUACGUCGCAUUAUUGUUUCUUUAUUGGUCAAAAUUUUUGACAUGACAUUUUGACAUUUAAGUUCAUUGACCAAAUUAAAGAAAAAUAUUGCUAAGACAUACGUUCAAAAAACCAUAGCAAUCUUUGAUUGUUUUUUUUUUUUUUAAUUUUUUUGAAGGCCCGAUAGCUUUCUAAACGUCUUCUAUGUUUUGUUUCUUUUUAAAAAUAUUAGUUAGGACAUUAUACUGUCGCAUCCUUGGUUUUUAAUUAAUUUCAAAUAUUUCGGAAAUAUUUACUGUGGAAGAAAUCAGAAUAAAUUAAACGGAAAUAUUUAACAGUCACUGAUUGCGGGUUCUCAAAACUAAAACUCAGAUCACAAUCAGUGACAACUGAUUUUAUAAAAAUUAACUUAUCACUUCUCGAAACGUAACAACACUCUUAUUUAAACUGGACACAACCAAGCUCCUAUCAAGGCCGGAUUUACCCAAUUCCUUAAUUGUUAAUAUUUACUCCUUAUUCUCAAUUCUUAAAAAGUUCAAUUUAUUUAAUAUUGACUUUUUCGAAGAUUAAGAAUCAAGAACAAAAAUUAAGAAUUAAGGGAUUGGGUAACCCCGGCCUAAGAUUCACUUUAAAUGUGUAAUUGCGCGCUAUUUAUAGCCGACAUCGUGCUCCGGAUUUAUCUAGGAAAACCCGAUCACCUACUUAAAUACAAUAGAACUCCCCGAAUAGGAGCCGUGGACGUAAACGACUCGAUUCCUAGAAUCCUGGUCGGGUUGUCGAUGAAUUCUGGUAGAUUAAUUCUCACAUUGGUAUGAAAAUGGUUUGAGAAACUAAUAAAGUUAAUUAAAAUGUACCAACCAUUUUCCUUUAGAUUAGGUGAUUUAGAUUUCGCUAAACUAACUAAACUAGAGAUGCAAAACUGCCAAAAAUCGAAUUCAAUACAAUUGUGGUUUAAAAAGUAAAUAACUACGAUUAUUUUCUGCACUGAGAAAUCUCUAAAUCUGGCAAUAAUCCCUACAUCAGUUUCGAAUUCAGUUAGAGGACUAAACUCGACACUAAAUUUCAUUAAAAUUACAGGCUUUUUUGGAAAUAACUACCUUUUUUGGAUAUUAUUGGCUGUUUCCAGAAUUCUUACCAUUCCUGUAUAAGGUGUGAUAAGGUAAAUAAUUGGAUUAUGCAGGGUUUUUCAAAAUAGGGUCAUUUUGAUAAAAGUGACUCUCUUGAUUCUAAGUUUCGUAACUGAAUCAUUUACUAGACACUAAUUUAGCUGGAAAAUCUCAUCACCAUUUUCAUCUGAAUAGGUGAUAAACCAGUAAAUUACUUUAAGGCUGUAUUAUAAGUAUAGUAUUUUGUUGUAAAUCUAAAAUUGUAUUUCAAUUGAGGUUACGUUUUCACACGAAAUCUGCAAUGCAAAAUUACAGGUACUGUUUGCUUUAUUGACGGUUUUUGUGAUAUCCUUUUUAAAUUUAAAUGUUUGAAAAUAUAGCAGGAAGUCUAUCAUUGUUACCUCUUGGAAUAAUAUCGUUAUUCACUUCUAAAUAGUAAUGGUUUAUUUCAAACCAAAUAAAAUACAAAUAUUUAUAAACUUGUAUUCAUAUGACUUAUGUAUACUUAAGUUGAAUUAUUCUACUUUUUUAACGUUUUAUUCAAAUUUUAGGCCAAAAACUUGUUCCAUCUUUUGUUCACUAUCACCAAUCCAAUACGAUUUUCGUCCCAGUAAAUGUGCAUAUAAUUGGCUUCAUUUCCAUUUUGGCAAUAAUAUAUUUCAAGACUGAUAGAGAUAGUCAAAAGAUAAUAGAGAAGCAUUUGACAAUAGCCAUUUUUCAAUUUGACAUUGGAUCUUUGUUAAAAAAAUUAUACCGGAUGUACCUAUGUGUGUUUUGGUAUUGAAAAUAUACCAUUUUUCAAUUACACUUAAAAGAAGUAAAUAUGGUCAUGAUAUUAUUUUUACUUUGAAUUUGAGUAAAGAACAGACCAUUUUUGGCUGAGAACUAUCUGCAUGGAGGCAUUUGAUACAGUUGCCUAACAGACAAUGUUACUGAUCUACAUUCUAGACCUUUUUCAGCCAAAUAUCUGUUGGUAAACUUAAUAAGAUUGAAUGAAGGUAAAUGUCUAUUUAGUUACUUGAACAUUUUGUGUUUCAAACACUGAAAUCUUUCAUUUAUCUAGCAUCCAAUCACAUUAGGAAAUGUCUAUUGUCAACUAAAUUAAUAACCAGGUGAUUGUCAAUACUUUUCGCCCAAGCCUAUCAAACCUCUGUUUGAAGAGGCAUAAAAUAAUUUCAAAUACAAAAGAUUUACAUAUUUAUUUAAACGUUUGUGUAGCAUAAUAAUACGAAGAGAGGGUCAAAAAUUGCCCAUUUUGGUCAAUAUAGAGCAUUUCUCGAUCUAAUUUGUCAUCAUUUUGUCCUAAAUCCUUGAGUACCUAUUCAAAGUUUUUUGAUAAGUACACAUUUUAUCGUGGAAGGGCAAAAAAUAUAGACAGUCACCGGAAAUAAAUUAUGUAUUUAUUUAUCAAAUCAAAUGUACCUACUCGUAUGUUUAAGCAAUAUUUUAUUCUUCCCCGUUCUGGGCGUGUAUAGUUAUUAUUUUUUUGUUUUAUGUUAUUCAGCUACCCACACGUUAUUUUAUUAUGAGGAAGGAGUAAUAAAACUCACCAGGUCGGUACUCAAUGUCUUAUAAGCAUGGCCUUGCGAGUAAUGCCCGUUUGCACCAACCGUUUUAGGAAGUAUCAUCAUGGCUUACUUAAAACCGUUGGUGCAAAUAGCCAUCAAUUUUUUAAAGAACAUUUCGUUAUUGGUGUAAGCUAGGUAAAAUAAUUCUACAAAAAUAUAUUUUUUCACUGGGUCGUCUUUAUACUGAAUAUAUACUGCUUUAUAUUAGACAAAUCAUUUAGAUGUCCUACGUAUUAUUCGCAAUGGAUAUUCUUGAAAAGUAUAAAACUUAAUAGAUUCAAAAUAUUUUUUAUGUGAAAUUAAUUGAAAGUAUCAUAAUUUUUUUUAAUUCUUGUUACUUCUCGUUGCUAUACUGCGACUCCUAAUGUUGUUUGUUCCACAUUAUUUAAUAGUCACUGCUAUGUAAAGUAUUCUAAUUUUGGUUAUAUGUAUAUACUUUCCUGUACAAUUAUUCAGAUGUCCCUGUUAUACAGACAGGAUCAGGCUACUAGACACAUAGGCUUCAAUGGGAUUAGUUGACUGAUACCCAUUUCACUGUAGGAUUGUCACAAAGAUCAUUGAUCGUCCCUGCAAGUUAUUAAAAUUUGUGUAUCUUCGGCAGCUCGGCUAUACUCGGCUUCGGCAGCACCGCCUUAAUUCGCCGAAACCGGGUAGAAGCUAAUUCGUCAUACCACUCCCUAUGUAUCUAAUAGGUUGGUCCAAAAUUUUCCGCGAUUUUUCACGUGUUUGUUUUCAAGUAUGCUUUAAAUCCAACAAAAAAACUACCUAAAUUUGAGCUGAUUGGUUUAGCAAGUGUCUCUCUUUCUUGGUGACUAUCAAUUACUACUUAAUAUUUUUGCAUAUUUAAUGUUUUAUUACUCUUUCAACUUAAUAAAUAAUCGUCUAUGGGUCAUUUUUACACUUUACCUGUACCUAUA